UGAAGUUUUGCAAAAAUAAAGAGAUCUGUAGAUUGCAAAUCCAGGGUAGCAGCUGUUUGAAUAUCAUGACGUUAUUAUCGAGCUGUACGACGUCAGUCGCUCUUGUUAAAGCCACAUCGUCAGUUAUAUCCUCAUUCCUCAUUUCGUUUGGCAUUGUUCGUAAGCAGAUCGUAAAAACAGUUGUCUCGGUUAAAGAAUGUCUGUUGAUAGCAAUUCCAAUUCGUAAAUUUCAGCCAGGACAUCUUUUAUACCACCCGAAGAUCCCUCCAGGAGAUUUGAACGUUAUGCGAAUCAGACCGGCAAGUCACCAAGCCAAACUGGAAAAGUACCAGCAGCAGGAGUAUCACCUGUACCAGGAGUACCACAAACACCUCCAUCAGCGAUUUUACCAACAAAACCUGUGAUAGGACCAGGAGGUCAGACACCAGGUAAUAUUGGUCCAGCAGCAGGGGUAUUACCUAUACCAGGAGCGCCACAAACACCACCAUCAGCGAUUUUACCUGUGAUAGGACCAGGAGGUCAGGCACCAGGUAAUAUUGCUCCAGUGCCUGGUCACUCUGGAAACGUACCAGAAGCAGGAGUAUCACCUGUGCCAGGAGCACCACAAACACGUCCAUCAGCGAUUUUACCAACAAAACCUGUGAUAGGACCAGGAGGUCAGACAGCAGGUAAUAUUGCUCUAGCACCUGGCAACACUGGGCAAGUGCCAGCGGCAGGAGUAUCACCUGUACCAGGAGCGCCACAAACUUCACCAUCAGUGAUUUUACCAACAAAACCUGUAAUUGGACAAGGAGGACAGACACCGGGAAAUAUUGCUCCAGCACCUGGCCUCACUGGACAAAUACCAGCAGCAGGAGUAUCACCUGUGCCAGGAGCGCCACAGACAUCUCCAUCAGGUAACAGUCCUCCGGCAAAUCAACCUACUUCCAGUUCUUCUGGUAUAUGGCCAACCAAAUCGACAGGCCCAGAUAAUGGGCCUGAACCAGCGGCUCCUUUAGUGCCUGUCGAAGGUAAGGUGGCUUUACCAAACCUUGAUGAUAAAUUUUGGCUGUGGUAGUGUUAUAACAAUUACAAAUGCUUCUAAAUGGGUCUUGAAAGUAUACAUUCAAUAUCCAUCGUACUUACGUCUAGACCUCGUGAGAAUGGAAAACAAGUUAAAUUUAUACGACUUUAUAAUGCAUGGGUUUUGCGUAUUCGUAUUUUAGUGUUACCUUCAUCUGGCGUUUUAACUUAUUUAUUUAUUCAUUUAUUUAUUUGUUUGUUUGCAGACGAAAAGCUUGACCUUGCCUUCUUAAUCGAUGGAUCGGCUACUAUGUCAAAUGCUGGAUUUCAAGCUAGUAAGGUGUUCAUAAAGGCAUUAUACAGUAACUUCCCCAUUGGCGAAGAUUCUACUCAUGUUGCUUUAGUGGUGUAUGGUAAAGACUCACUAGUAGUAUUCAAUCUAACUGGAAACACAGACAAAGAAAGCAUUGAUAAGAAGCUACUUCACACUGCAAAUCCAAGUUCUGAUGGAAACUUCAUGGGCAGGGGUCUUAAAACUGUUAAGGAAAAAGUUUAUGACGUCAGUGCAAGGCCGGGAGGACAUCAGGUGUUAGUAUUACUUGUGGCAGGAAAAUCUCUGGAUGAUGUCCAGGCACCCUCACGUGUCCUGAGAGACGAGGGUGUCAAGAUUUUCUGCAUUGUGAUUGGCGACAAAGUGGACGUAGAUCAAAUUAGAGAUGUUGUAAGUGUUCCUGAGGACGAUCAUUUGGCAGCAACAAGCUCAGAACAGCUGGGGAAGCUGUUGAGUCCAAUUGUGCAGAAUAUUAGGAAAGGUAAUUAACCCUAGAAUAAGAUACUAGAAGAUAUUUAUUAUCAGCAGGCGUCAAAUAUUUUGAAAUGGAAAUGUAAAUGUCAAAAACGCUUCUUUGCCACUUAGGUGACAAAUUUUUCAAAAUAAAAGCACCGUCCUUAUCAAUUAUCCUAUUUGGGUCCCUCGAAAUGAUUACAGUCCACUCC